AUGGACGAGAUUACAACGGGACUUGAUAGCUCUGCCGCUUUUGAUGUCGUAAACGUGCAGCGUCGCUUGGCCAGGCAGCAACGACAGACAGUGGUGAUAUCGCUGCAGCAGCCUGCGCCUGAAGUUCUGGCGCUCUUUGACAACGUGUUGCUGCUGGCCGAAGGUGAAGUGCUGUACCACGGAUCUCGCGCUCACGUUCAGGCCUACUUUGAGGGUCUGGGCUUUGUGUGUCCUCCUGAGCGCGACCUUGCGGAUUUCUUGUGCGAUUUGGCGUCUCCAGAGCAGAUUCAGUACGAAACUUCGCGUAUGCCAAUGUCCGGAAGGCGCCGUCAUCCCCGCAGUGCUAGCGAGUUUGCCGAUCUAUGGAUAAUGUCACCUACGUACGAAGCGAUGGUGGAGGAAUUGGACUAUCUCGACAAAGACACAAAGACGUGCACUCAAGCGUACAGCAAGAACGGUGAGAGAGAGCUAUACUUUGACCAAGAAGCACUGCUGCGCGUUCCAGCAACCCGCCAAAGCUACUGGUGCAGCACGUCGAUCGUGGUAAGGCGACAGAUGCGUCUGAUUAUGCGCAACAAGGAGUUGUUUACGGGUCGGCUGCUGCUGGACUUACUUGUCGGCCUGAUGGUGGGGUCAGUUUACUAUAGCAUGGACCUCGCCGACCCACAAGUUACGGUGGGAGUGGUCUUUUCGUGCGCGUUAUUUCUGGGACUUGGUCAAUCCGCGACACUGGCACCAUUGUUUGAUGCACGUGGUGUGUUUUAUAAACAUCGCGGUGCUAACUUUUACCGCACGUCCAGCCACGUUCUCGCCUCAUGCAUCAGCCAUCUACCACUUGCUAUGAUUGAAGCAGUGGUCUUUAGCUCCCUGGUCUAUUGGAUGGGUGGAUUUACUGCAUCCUUCGAGCAUUUCAUGGUGUUUGUUACGUACAUGCUCUUGACGGUCUUGGUAUUCAUCAGCGAGUACUUCUUUCUGGCUGCGGCGUGUUCGACACUCCACGAAGCCCAGUCAGCUUCGACAUUGGCACUGCUUUUGUGCAUUCUCUUUGCCGGCUUUGCAGUUUCUCGUGAGCAACUUCCCUGGGCCUUGCGAUGGAUCUAUUGGUGCAACCCUCUUGCCUGGGCGAUCCGUGGAAUUAUGGUGAGCCAAUAUCGUAGCAGUGAGCUGGAUGUCUGCAGAUACGGCGGCAUUGACUAUUGCAAGAUGUAUGAAGGUCAGACGUUAGGUGACUACGCUCUUGGGUUGUACGAUGUGCCUGGCGAUCCCAAGUGGGUACUGCUGGGAGUACUGUUUCUCACAAUGGUGUACGUCGUGAUCAUGAUCAUGUCAUACGUAAUGUUGGAAUAUUGUCGCCAUGAGGCCAUUCCAGCAUUACCGCCAUCGUGCAAUCCAUCAUCCUCUUUUGUUGUCGAUACGGCGAUGACGCCGAGACAACCGAAUGAGUCGUACGCAAUGUUAUCGACACCCCGGAGAGACGAAGACGACAUGCAAGAGAGCGAUUUGACUGGGUUUCCGCUCCGUGACGAUGGCGACGGUCUCGUCGUUCUGGGUGGAGGUGACUACUUGGGCGGCUCGUCUGUCGUCUCGCAGGGGCUCAAAACGAACCCUGAAGACGUGGUACGCUUCACAUCUCGACGAGACAUGGUACCUGUCACGCUUGCAUUCCAAGAUCUACGGUACAGCAUUUCUGUUCCCGUAGGUGCUGCUGUUGAUUUGGCUGGACAGACAGAUAGAGCUCUGGGUGACUCACGUGUUGGGGAUGCUCGUGCAAACACGAACGAGGGAAAGGGAACCGUGACGCGAGAGCUACUCAAGGGCGUUACGGGGUAUGCAUUGCCUGGUACAAUGACAGCGCUAAUGGGCUCUACUGGAGCUGGAAAAACUACGCUCUUGGAUGUGCUAGCUGGUCGAAAGAGAGGGAAGACAGGCAGCAAGAAUGGUGCAGCGACUUUGCGAGGUCGAGUGCUGCUGAAUGGAGUUGAUGCUACAGAACUUGCGAUUCGCCGGUGCACGGGAUACUGUGAGCAAACGGAUGUGCAUUCUGAUGCCGCGACAUUCCGCGAGGCGUUACAGUUUUCGGCGUAUCUCCGUCAAAGCGACCAAGUUGCACCUGCCAGGGUCGAAGAGAUUGUCGACGAGUGUCUAGACUUGUUGGGGCUGAAUGACGUAGCUGGUCGAUUGAUACGUGGCAGCUCAAGCGAGCAAAUCAAGAGGCUGACUCUAGGUAUCGAACUUGCUGCUCAGCCUAGUGUCCUAUUUCUUGAUGAACCUACGAGUGGUUUGGAUGCUCGAGCUGCAAAGUCGCUCAUGGAUGGUGUUCGCAAAGUGGCGGAUUCGGGUCGCACGGUCAUUUGUACUAUUCAUCAGCCGUCUACUGAAAUCUUCUUGCUUUUCGACAGUCUCUUGCUUCUCCAGCGCGGUGGCGAGACUGUGUACUUUGGUGAAUUGGGUCACAAUGGUGAAACAAUUGUAAACUACUUUCAAGACUUGGGUGCGCAGUGUCGUGUGCCGGCCUUUGAGCCAGGCGACAAUCCGGCCACCUGGAUGCUAGACGUGAUUGGUGCUAGUGUUGAGAGAAUGAAGCCGAUAUCGUCGCUGGCACGGAAGUUUAGACGCCCCGGUCCACCUGCAACGAACAAGUCUCGUUUGCAACAGCUGGACGGGUCGCUCGAUUCUUCCAUCAACUCGGAGCGCUCGCGGCAGUAUCGUGAUGAGAGCGUGGACUUUGUAGCGGCGUACAAGUCUAGCCGCAUCAAACAACGUCUGGACGUUAAGCGUGCUGCCCCUGGGGUGUUUAUGCCAUCGGACCGUUUGUCGCCUGUGACUUUUACUCAACGUCGAGCAGCUAGCGAUCGAUUGCAAUUCACGAUGCUCCUGCGCCGGUUCUCACGACUCUAUUGGCGCACACCGCUUUACACAUUUACUCGAAUGGUGACCGCGCUGACGCUCGGCUUGAUCUUUGGACUGGUAUACUCUGGCACAAACGACUUUACCACGUAUCAGGGUGCCAACGGUGCGGUGGGACUAAUUUUCUUCUCGACGUGUUUCUUGGGCGUCGGAUCUUACGUCCAGGUGCUACCCCUGGCAUUCGAAGAGCGCGGACCAUUUUAUCGUGAGCGAGCUUCCGAGACGUACAGUGCGCUGUGGUACUUUGCAGCUUCGUCGAUCGUGGAGAUUCCCUAUGCUGCCGUUGUUUCGAUGAUCUUCGUGGGCGUGUUUUACCCGAUGGCAGGUUUCGCUUCCUAUGGUGGCUUCGCCCAAGUUGUGGUGUAUUGGUUGGUGCUGACGAUACACAUCUUGUUCCAGACGUACUUUGGUCAGUUUUUUACAUUCGCCACUCCAAGCAUUGAACUCGCCGCUGUCUGGGGCGCGCUCUUUGACUCCAUUUUCCUCAUGUUCAUGGGCUACAACCCUCCCUUGUCAAGUAUCCCCGAUCGAUACGAAUGGCUGUCCCAUCUUGUACCGCACCGCUACACGUUUCAGGUGCUCACAGCGUUGGUACUUGGCGAUUGUCCGAAUGAGCAAUUGCAGCAGAUCGCAGAGGCUUCUGCCACGAACACCACAAUUGACGUCUCGAGGUGGCCACUGGGCUGCCAACCGCUUACUGAUGCGCCUCCUGCCGUGGCCAACAUCGCGCUCACCUCGUACAUUGAUCAAGUGUUUGGAGCCCGUCGCGAAGACGCCACGGACGCAAUUUUCGUUGUUAUUGGCAUCUUGCUAGUGAUGCGGUUGGCGACAUUGGUCGUCAUGCGUGUCGUCAAUCACCAGAAGCGCUGA